UGUCGGUGUUUAGAUAGAAGUCAUGUGAGCUUUUGAGCUGCUGGGACUGAGAGAGAGGAGAAUAUGUGCAUUAGUGCAGAGUGCUGCCAGAGACCUGGCAGAGUGGGAGAGACACAGAGAGAGGGAGAAUAGAAAGGGGAAGUGGUUGGAGUUGUAGCAGCAGCAGCAGCAGCUGCUGCUGCUACUUGGGAGCUCAUGCCUGGGAUUCUGCUCAACUUCCAGUGUGUUCCUACCUCUCCAGAGAUGCUGAUGCUCCAGGUUCAGAAGUCCUAAAAGAUCAGUGAUGCCUCCAACAAGUAAAAGGAUGUGUCUAUACUUCUAAGGAUUUGUCUGGGGACGACUCCUUUUCCAGGACAGAAAGAGUGUAUUUGACUUAUUCAGCCUCCAUUCUUGUCCACAUCUCUUCUCCGCCUGUGGUGGCCCUCAUGGGGUCCCCAGUACAAAUUUUUCGUGAAGAGCCAGGCUCUACCUGCUCCCCAGGUUCCUGCUUCCUUCCCAGCACCAGCAGCAGCAAGCUUCUGGGCUGGGCCGACUAUGACAACAAUGCCAGUGAUGCCUACGAGGACUUGCAGCAGAACCACACCAACAUUUCCCCAGCUAUCCCAAUUAUCAUCACCGCUGUCUACUCCAUGGUGUUUGUGGUUGGCUUAGUGGGCAACUCACUGGUCAUGUUUGUCAUCAUAAGGUAUACAAAGAUGAAGACAGCAACAAACAUCUAUAUUUUCAAUCUGGCUCUCGCGGAUGCUUUAGUUACCACUACUAUGCCUUUUCAAAGUACGGAGUACCUGAUGAACUCAUGGCCUUUUGGGGAUGUGCUGUGUAAAAUUGUUAUUUCAAUUGACUAUUACAACAUGUUUACCAGCAUAUUCACAUUGACCAUGAUGAGUGUUGAUCGAUACAUUGCUGUGUGUCACCCUGUGAAGGCUCUGGAUUUUCGUACUCCUCUCAAAGCAAAGAUAAUCAAUAUAUGUAUCUGGCUGUUGUCCUCAUCAGUGGGUAUAUCUGCAAUAGUUCUUGGAGGAACCAAAGUCAGGGAAGAUACAGGUAGUACCGAAUGUUCUUUGCAGUUUCCAGACACGGAUUAUGUGUGGUGGGACAUCUUCAUGAAAAUAUGCGUCUUCGUCUUUGCAUUUGUUAUUCCAGUUCUUAUUAUAAUUGUUUGCUAUACCCUGAUGAUCCUGCGCUUGAAAAGUGUCCGACUCCUCUCAGGGUCUCGAGAAAAAGACAGAAACCUACGUCGUAUUACCAGAUUGGUUCUUGUGGUUGUGGCAGUUUUCAUUAUCUGUUGGACUCCCAUUCACAUUUUUGUGCUGGUUGAGGCACUAGGGGAUGUAUCCCAUAGCACUGCAGCAAUUUCCAGCUAUUAUUUCUGUAUUGCCUUGGGUUACACCAAUAGCAGCCUAAAUCCAAUCCUGUAUGCUUUUUUGGAUGAAAAUUUCAAGAGAUGUUUCAAGGACUUCUGCUUUCCUUUUAAGACGAGGAUGGACAGGCAGAGCACCAGCAGAGUCAGAAACACAAUCCAAGACCCUGCUUAUACAAGGGAUGCAGAUGGGACAAACAAACCGGUAUGACUAGUCGUGGAGAUGUCAUCUUAUUGUCCUCAAGGAAGAGAAGAAUCAAAUGAUUUAGGACUAACUCAGAUAACUACUGCUGUUUGAGUGCAGUUUGCCACACAGAGACAUUUUUGAUAAUAUUUAAGAGCUCUCAUAGUUUGCAGUAAAAUAAAUGAGAUCCAGGUGAUACUUAUGGAUGAGGUAUUCCCCAAAAAUAAGCUCAGUGGAAAAAAGAUCGGCUCUGCAGUUUGGGGACCAUGCUUUCCAUAUUGCUAAGCAGGUAGUAAGACACUCACUUCCUGCAAGACAGGAAAAGCUUAAUACCAGAAUAAGCUCAAAAAGUGGCUCAAAAUGAAAAAGUUUCUUAUUACAGUUUUCUUCUUGCAGUGUGUAUCUGUCAUUACCAUAUUUAAACAUUUGGUCAUAACAUAAUUUGAAUGAAUGCAAAAACUCCAGUUUUUCCUUUAAAUUGUCAGAAAUGAGAAGUAGUCAUCCUAAUUUAUUUUGCUUUUUAACAAAGAACACUCUCAGUUCUGAACCUGCAGAGCAUAACAGAGAAUCAAAACCUUUAUUGACUACUCUGUGUGAACUAAUGUAUGUUUGUCUGUGCUGUAGAAAUCCAAUUUAAGCAUGAUCUGCCUUCAUGCCAAAGUGAUUUUAUUGUGUCUAUAUUGUGAAGACUUUUCAGUGUUUU